AUGUUUAUGAUAACAUUCUUGAAGCGGUGUACCAUAACACAGUGGAAACUCUUCUUUGUUUAUGGUAGUAGAGGGACUGGAAAGACUUAUUUAUGGAAAGCUUUAAUAUCAAAGCUUCGGUCAGAAGAACACAUAGUCCUCGCGGUGGCAUCGUUAGGAAUAGCAGCACUACUUCUGCCUUCUGGAAGAACCGCACGUUCUAGGUUCAAGAUCCCUGUGAAUUUGAAUGAGAAUUUUUGUUGUAGCAUUGAACAGGAUUCCGACCUUGCUGAAUUAAUCCACAAAACUAAGCUCAUAAUAUGGGGUGAGGCACCUAUGGUCCAUAGACAUGCAUUUGAAGCAGUAAACCGCACCUUGAGAGAUAUAAUGCAACUCUUUGACCAAAUAGACAAGGAUUAA